AGCAAGAGGCUAGGAUAUUGUGUCACAGUCACAGCUGACGAUAAAGCGAACGCCGGCUUCGAACGAUCAAUACCGCGUUAUCAACAUAUUUAACCCAGUGUGGGUGUUUACAUGCGCGUAGUACUGGUGCCGCGCUUAACUAAGUUUGACGCAUGUGAUAACGCUAAGUCGCAAUACGGUUUUAAUAAAAGAAAUGUAAGCCAGCAUGCCUCUACCGGAUCUUAUUAAACGUGCGUCGAGUUAUUUCCUAGGGUUCGAUUUCGAUGACAACGAAGAACCUCCCGAUUACGUCGACAAUGAAAUAUUGUUUUGUAAGAAUAAUGUGUGCGUCCAUCCACCGACAAUUGCGAGGCAUGAAUUAGAUAUUGUACACCAUCCGGGAUAUAUGACAGUGACGACGAAAGUGUUUACUGAUCAGCACAAUAAUGCUAAACGACCUACGCUAUUUUUGAAUUGGAUACCCAAUUCCACUUUAAAGAAGUGUCCGUCAGCUGUUGAAACUAGCCCUAGCGAUGAAAUCGGCUGUGGGAUUAAACCUACAAACCCUCAAGACAUUCCGACCCAGAAGACUGUACAGCAAAAGAACAGAAAAUAUAUCAAUAACGAGAACGCCUUCUCUGACUCUUCGGACACGACUAGUCUGAAUUCGAAUUCGGAUAAACAGAGCAUCAAAUCAAACGAUACAAGGUACACCCAGAAUGAUACCACUCAAGAGGAAUUGUCAUCUAGUUCUAAGCCUACAAUAAAAUCUGUAGAUUCGAAUAAGGACGAUGUGUUUGUUUCUAUCGAUAAAGAUGAGUCGAAAGAUCAGAUAUUUGAAUUUGAACGGCACGUACGAUCACAGUCAAUGACGUCUGUUAAUAUAACGAUUGCUAACCCGACCGUCGAAAACGUUGAUCUGACUCCAGAUUCAGUUUCUGGUAGCUUUAUGAGGUCUCUAUCUAUGAGUUCAUGCGACGAAGGCAAUCCUAAUUGGAUGAGUACACCUGAAUUCUUAGCUCUGAAACAUAAUUUAGUUUUUCCGGACAGCGUUCAUAGUUCCCCAGUACCGCAAAGACGACAACCUUUGAAAUGUCGAAGGUUCUCAGUGGAUCUAAGUCAAAUGCGAUCCUUGCGAUUAUUCUUCAACGACGACAAUUGCACUUGUGGUCAACUGGUUGUGGCUUCCAGGGAGUCUCAAUACAAAAUAUUACAUUUUCACCAUGGAGGUCUGGAUCAUCUGGCACAAGUUUUGCACAGAUGGCACGCAUUAUUGCACAUCAUAAAACUAACACCAGGUUCCGAAGAACCAAAUUUACCGUAUCGUCAUUUCAUGGUUUGUCGUCCGGAGGUUCAAAAAUCUGAGCAACACCCCGAAGAAGGAAAAGUACCCAAGAUUACCCCAGAACUAUUUUAUGGUAAAGUCAUGAAUGGAAAAGGCACGAUCGAGGAUGACUUGUUUUUAAGAAAGUGCGUUUUCUUCGGAGGUCUCGAUAAAGAGCUGAGACGAGAAGUUUGGCCGUUCCUACUACACUGUUACCCGUAUAACUCAACAUACGAUGAAAGAGAAAUUAUUUUACAAAUUAGAACGAGAGAAUAUGAUGAAAUUGCUAAGAGACGAUUGGAAAAGAUUACACCCGAACAACACGCCGUCUUCUGGAAGAAUGUACAAAGCGUAAUAGAGAAAGAUGUCGUCAGAACAGAUAGAGGGAAUCCUUUCUUUGCGGGCGAUAAUAAUUAUAAUGUCGAAAUAAUGAAGAAUAUUUUACUUAAUUACGCCAUUUAUAAUCCAGCAUUAGGGUACACCCAAGGAAUGAGCGAUCUACUGGCACCGGUCCUGUGUGAGAUUAAGUGUGAAGCGGAAGCAUUCUGGUGCUUUGUCGGUCUCAUGCAGCGAGCGAUAUUCGUGUGCACACCCACCGAUAACGACAUGGAUAAUAAUUUGAGUUAUCUCCGUGAACUAAUAAGGAUUAUGUUACCGCACUUUUACAAACACCUUGAAAAACACGUGGACGCCAUGGAAUUGCUAUUUUGUCACAGAUGGAUAUUAUUAUGUUUCAAACGCGAAUUUACGGAAGCGGUUGCUCUUCGCAUGUGGGAAGCGUGUUGGGCGAACUACCAGACGGACUACUUCCACCUGUUCCUCUGUCUCGCUAUCAUCGCAGUGUACGCUGACGAUGUAAUCGCUCAAGAUCUCAACACUGAUGAGAUGCUGUUGCAUUUCAGCUCACUGGCCAUGUACAUGGACGGUCGCCUGAUCCUUCGAAAGGCACGUGGACUUCUCCACCAGUUCAGGCAGCUCGUUCGUAUCCCUUGCACCCUAGUCGGCAUGUGUCAGAGAUGUGGCCCAGGUAUUUGGGACUCGACUCAUAGACCCAGUGUGGAAUGUACUGGAGCCCAUGAUUUCUGUGAAUACGCUGUACAGUGACUGGGGAAAUAAUUCGUCAUAAUUUAUACUACACCCAUAAAACAUAUGAUGAUAUUAUGA